AUGCAAAAAAAUUCCAACUAUUCGGCACGCGAAAAGAAAAUUAAUGAUGAUGAAGAGGAAGAAAAUAUGAGUGUAUCAAAUGCUGAUUAUUUUGAUGCUAUUAUUCAUGCAAUUAUUCCAGGUCCCCUGGAUAUUCCAGCACUUUAUCGUACUUAUGCAAUUUUACCAUCAAUUGAUAAUACAAGCAAAAAUGAUACAUCCUUAUCUAGUACAACAAUUAACUAUUCAUCCAUUUUUAUCAAUAAAAAUACCAAUACUAAUAAUAAUAACAAUAAUAAUACUAAUACUAAUACUAAUGAUAUUACAAUUACUACAACUACAAGUACAGUAAGAAUUGUUGAAAUUACUGAAAUUCCUUCGGUUAAUGUUAAAUAUACUACAAUAAAUUGUACGCGAUAUAGUGGUAUUCAUUGGAAUACAACAACAACAACAACAGCAAUUAAUUGUAAUUCUGAUAAUGGUAAGCAAUUUUCUUACCUUUCGUUACCUUUUCAUUUCAUUAAUUAA